CAGAGUUGCAACUUCUCGUCAUGACUUCGGAGGGGCUAUCUGCUAACGGGUUGGAUAGGCAGGUACGAUGGAAGUAAGAAUGAUUUUGCUCCUAGUUCCUAAUUGACUCACUCUACUGAGCUCUUGGGGCUUUUCAAGCAUUUCUGCUCCUUUAGGCUUUAUUCAAGUUGGCCAUAUCUACCUCCUACGUUAGGUACCUGGUAUACUCCCCUUUACAAUUUCUAGUAGGGAUGAAUAGAUAUCGUUGAUCUAUAUUUACCUACCUAAGAACGAGUAAAAUAUAAUUCAACUAAUCAUUUUUAUGAUUUUAACUGGCGUGGUUCAGUCUUCUCCAUGCCUUCAAUUUCCCCCUUACCAGAAUCUACUGCUCGACUCCUGUGCUCACCCCUUGCCAUUACAACGCCCGUUGCUUUAGUCAAGGAACUUGUAGACAAUGCGAUAGAUGCUAAAGCUACAUCGAUUGAGGUUGUUAUCUCUACAGACACGGUAAAGAGAAUUGAAGUCCGAGAUAAUGGAAUCGGUAUUCAUCCAGAUGACCACGAUGUACUUGGAAGACGAGGCCAUACGAGUAAGCUUAGGAGCUUUGAGGAACUGAGAACUCAGUUUGGUAAAACACUUGGUUUUCGUGGAGAAGCACUAGCCAGCGCAAACUCCUUAGCCCAAGUCACCGUCACCACCAAGUACGCUUCAGAGCCCGUCGCAGCUAUCCUCCACAUCAAACCAGGUACGGGAGGUAUACUAAAGCAGCAGCCAGCAUCGGCACCAAUUGGAACUACUGUAAGUAUAGCCGAACUAUUCCAUCAACUACCGGUUCGUGAGCAGGUGGCUAUCAAGAACUCGUCAAAAACGAUAGACAAGAUCCGUGAACUGCUACGCUCCUAUGCAAUGGCAAGGCCCAAACUCAGAUAUUCACUUAGGGUCUUGCAAGCUCCUAAGCAGAAUUGGACUUUCUCGUCGAAUCCUAGCUUCAGCGUGAAAGAAGCAGCUGUUCAGUUAUUUGGCCCAGAGAUUACGACUUAUUGUUUCGAAAAGACGCUUGAGAUAAGUGGUUUGACUGAUAGCAACGACGCUUCUGUAAAACAGCAGGGAGAUUUGCCGAAUUGCAAAUAUGUCUUCGAGGCCUUUAUACUAAAGAAAGACUCACGGCCUUCCAAAUGUUCAAAGCAGCGCUAUUUCUCUGUUGAUGGCCGUCCCGUCACAGCCAAAAGGGGUACCCUGAAGAAAUUGUUAGACAUCUAUGUCGAGCACAUCGGUGUCCUCUCUUCGCAGGGUACUUCGACCGCAAGGCCCAAAGAGUACUUUAUUCGCUUAAAUAUCAAGUGCCCCCCUGGGAGCUACGAUGCUAACAUAGAAGCGUCCAAAGAUGACGUAGUAUUCUCGGACGAGAAGACAAUACUUGACGGAUUUAAGGAUUUGUGUAAGGAGGUAUAUAGAGUAUCACCACCUAGCCGGCUGCAUUCACAGUCACCAACCGAACAGAAUUCUUUUCCAGCCAGCAGUGAUAACCCAGGAGCCCGAAAGCCAUUGCCCAGGAAAUCUGGGGUUAAGUCUAGCCUAAAUGAGCCUCACUGUCUUAGUCCUUCGGCACAAACAACAGACCAACCCAUAAUACAGCCAAUUCCUCAAAGACAUCAGUCCCCUAUUACCUCACAGUCACGAUCUACACAACUGCAAGAUGCUGACCAACAUUCGCAAAGCCCUGGAUCUACCGGAGUUCAGAGUCGAGGACACCAAUCACCCAAUGCCGGACUUACACAAUGCAGAGUUGAUAUGUCUACAGAUUUCAAUGAGUAUAGCUACGACCGUCUCCAGAAGACAUCUUCACGCCCUCCUCAGGCAUCUCAUAUUAUUCAUGAGAAACCAGAUGUAACCAUAACCUCGGCUCCACGAGACGUAAACCCGUGGAUUAUUUCAAAGAUGAAUGCACCAAAUCGUAGUCGGACUGUAGGAAAGCAGCUCAGGAACGAACCAACCCAAAGGUACAGCUCACCACCGUCAGAAUUUGAAUCUGUAAUGACUCCAGAACCUCCUAUACUUCGCCAUACAGGAGCAGCACCACGAGACCUUGACGUCCCCCCAAGCCAGCGAUACUUGGAACCACAAAGUCCUUUAAGUCAACUGCAGCCUAAAGUACCAGGUGGCCCCUAUCGUAGCCCAAUAUCAAGCCCGUCUGGAGUGACCCCACGGAAUACAAUGGGCAAUACUGCAAUACCUUCCACUAUAAAGCCGCGACGGCACCGCAAUACUCUUCCCUGGUCGCCACCCUCAUCUAUCGAAGCACCUGUGAUAAGCAAAAAUCGACUAUCAACUACUAGUAACGAGCCCAUAGCGGACAACACGAAGCAGACCACAAUAUCCUUCCCCAGUGCUGGAAGAAACCGCAAACGCCAACUACAAGACGACAGUAUUCCCAAUUAUCAGAGCUCACAAGGUCCAGAAGAUCAAAGGGAGGACUGGUUUCAAUAUAUACCAAUCCUAGCGAAGGAUAACUCCAGUUAUAACUUUUCGUUGCAGAAAAUGCCCCACGUCCUAGAGCAGAGGCAACGUCAGAUCUGUGUCAAUCCAAAGGCAACCGAAGAUCAACCACGCGUUGAAUUGCGUAAUAUUGGUCUCGAAGAUGGAGCUAAUUCAUCUGAAGUGGUUGAGCCUAUCAGAACAACACUCGCUAGCGAUGACCCUCGAGCAUACCUCUUACGCCGACAAAAGUCGAUGACUAUAGAAGGGACAGAUACCAAGCCAAAGAAACUUCGAAGAUUAAACAGCUCGCUUCUACCCCUGGAGAACAUUCCCCUCAACGAACAAACGCAUUUUCUAGCCGUAGUCGAAGUGUGGAAUACUGACACCUUGCGCGUUUACGUGAGGAAGUAUGCAACAUACGAUGGAUAUAUCACAAAGGGGUUUGUGAAGAACGGCAUUGAGAUGAGUUUAGACGAAGGCCGCAAUGUUGAGAAGCGACUCAAGUCAUUCUUUCUCAGACAGCCAGGCGUGGCCGAUGGCGAAGAGGUUGUCCCUGAAAUUAAUAUUUGUUCCUUGUUGAAAGGCAAAGGAGUUAAGACCACCUGUUUGUAGCCCGAUUGAGACGGUAUAUGAUGUUGAUACACGAUAGGUCAAGUAGGGGAUCUAAUUUGCUGAGGUGGUGGCUUUUUAAUGGAGAGAUGUAAGCCGCGUCUGGGAAAAGUAAGAAACUAUGGGGAUAAUAUGGCAGUGGUGAUAUACAUUGCUUUCCAGCCGAGCUACAGUUGAGGGCGCUUGCAUAAUUGCUUCAUGUAGGAGACACUUCUACUAAUUCAUAAUAUCAGUUACAGCUAUCUAGGUAGCUUGAGGUCC